AUGCUGCCUCUAUCACACUCUCUAGGGGCAGGCGGAGCAGGGCCAGCAGGGAGCUCAUCGUCAUCAAAGCAUGCUCAGCGCUUGCAGCUCAUCGACGAGGCGCAACAGUUCCACCCGCAGAUGACUGCCUAUCUCGAGUCAUGGGGCCUGCACAACGUCGGCUUCGGCUACGAUCUCUGCGCCGUGCUCGGCAGCCAAUCGACUGGCAAGUCGACGCUGCUGAACAAGCUCUUCGGCACCAACUUUGACGUCAUGGACGAGACCCAGCGAAGGCAAACGACCAAGGGCAUCUGGCUCUCCCGCGGCGCCAACAUGCCCGUCCUGGUCAUGGAUGUUGAAGGCACCGAUGGAAGGGAGAGGGGCGAAGACCAGGAUUUUGAACGAAAGUCCGCCUUGUUCAGUAUGGCCAGUGCCGAAGUGCUCAUCGUCAACAUGUGGGAGCACCAGGUCGGCCUGUAUCAAGGCGCCAACAUGGGCCUCCUCAAGACCGUUUUCGAGGUCAACCUCGGACUUUUCCAGUCGAGCAAGCAAAAGAACUCUGGGCUGAAGGACAAGACUUUGCUGUUGUUUGUCAUUCGCGAUCACAUUGGCGCUACGCCAUUGCAGAACCUUCAAAACACGCUAUUGGCUGACCUUGGUCGCAUCUGGGAGUCUCUCGCAAAGCCUGAGGGGAUGGAAUCGUCGAACAUCACAGAAUUUUUUGAUUUUUCCUUCACGACGCUCCCGCACAAGCUCCUGCAGCCGAAAGAGUUCGACGACCAGGUGCUCGCUCUGCGACAACGCUUCACUGACUCGAAACACCCGGGCUUUAUCUUCAAGACGCAAUACCACAAGCGCAUCCCUGCUGAUGGGCUGCCGCACUACCUCGCAAACAUCUGGGAGCAAGUCGUCUCGAACAAAGACCUCGACUUGCCGACGCAGCAGGAGCUGCUUGCGCAAUUCCGGUGCGAUGAGAUCGCUAACGUAGCAUUCGCCCAGUUCACCUCCGACAUCCGUGCCUUCCGCCGGCCCAUCGAGGCGGGCGAAGUGCUGGAGACCCUCGGCGGCGACAUGGCCGCGCACUGCCAGACAGCUCUGGCGGUGUUCGACAAGGACGCGUCGCGCUACCACUCUGAAGUGUACAAGCGCAAACGCCAGGAGCUGCUCGACAAGUUGCACAGUGCGCUGUCGCCAUUUGUGCUUGGCCAGCUGAAGAAUCUGCACAAGCGUGUCCUGGCGCACUUCAAACGUACUCUACUCGAGAAUCUGCGUGGAGACGGGCACGACUUUGGCGAAGUAGUGCGCGUUGAGCGCGCCAAGGCCGAGACGGCGUUCGCGGCCGCCGCAGCGCUGCUUAUGCUCGACGGGACCGACUGGAACACAGCGGAGGAGGAGGCGCAGCUGCGCGAGGACAUCCAGCAGAUCGCGGACCAGUGCAGGGUGGAGGAGACGAAGAAGAUGAUCGUCCUCAUCGAGCGGAGCAUCAAGCGCGCUGUCGCGGAGCCAACUGAGAUUGCUCUGGGCAAGCCCGGACCCGAGAUGUGGGAUCAUGUACUAGAGGGGUUCCGCCAUGCGCUGCAGCAGGCCGAGGCGGCGUACAUGCAAAAAGCGAAGAGCUUCAAUUGCACCGAGGAGGAGAACAGCAUCGCUCUCCGCUCCCUGCGGCAGAAGGCAUGGCAGAGUCUACGCGCCAAAGUCGACGAGAUAACCGCCGAUUCUAUCCUCGCGGCCCGCUUGCGCAACAUUUUCGAGGAUGGAUUCCGCUACGAUGAAUACGGCACCCCGAGGAUCUGGAAGCCUGAGGAUGAUAUUGAUGGGAUCUUUCGCAAGGCUCGGGAUGAGACUCUCGAGCUCAUACCGAUCUACGCACGGAUCGAGCCAAAGGACGAGUCGCUCCUGCCGAGCAUCCCAUCUUCCGCUGACGACCCGGAGCAGGCAGCGGCUGUAGCACGCGGCGAGGAAGAUGAGUUCAACUUUGGCGCCUCGCUCGUUGUCUUCUCCGAGACGCGCAAAGCCGAUAUCGGUACGCGCUUCCGCAAGGAAGCCGACGCGUAUUACGUCGAGGCGAAGCGCAGCACUGUCUCGAGUAUCGCGCAGGUGCCGUACUGGAUCUACGGCGUCAUGCUCCUGCUGGGCUGGAACGAGAUCAUCGCCGUCAUCCGGUCGCCGAUGUACUUCACCUUCCUGCUCCUCUGCGCUGGCGCAGCGUACGUCGUCUGGCGUCUCAACCUGCAGGGCCCGUUGCAGGCGGUCGUCACGGCUAUCCUUCGAGAGGUGCAUCGUCUCGCGGACGAGCAGCUCCGCGCGCACUUUUCGCAGCCCCUACUACAGCCGAGUAUGCUCAAGGAAGAACCUGUACCCGCCAGCCUUUCUCGGCCCACUCCAUCAGAAGCCGCGCCAGAAGAGAUCGAGCUUAAGGAGAAAAUCUUAUGA